AAUCAAUAUAAAGCGAUAAAUACACGGUCACAUGACUAACUCAUCCAGCAAGCUCUGUCACAUGAAAUCCCCCCAACGUUUAUAGUUAGAUGAGGGACCAAGAAGACACGAGGGAUUAAUUUGGGAUUUAGCGGAGGACAGGCAUGCAUGGGUAACAAUGUGAGUCGCCGCUCCAAAAUGGCCACUGUCGGAGAACAGACCCCCAUAGUGAGCAAUCACACCAAGGACAAGGCAACCAAGGCCAAGGUCACUCUGGAAAACUACUACUCCAACUUAGUGGCACAGCAUGAGGAGCGGGAGAAUAGGUAUCGCCUUCUGGAGCAGUCAAUGAACACAGAUGGCCUUUCAGAAGAACAGAAAUCAGAGAGAAGACAACAACAUGCUUCCAAAGAAACAGAAUUCCUGAGGUUAAAAAGGUCAAGGUUAGGGGUAGAAGAUUUUGAGCCAAUCAAAGCCAUCGGCAGAGGGGCAUUUGGAGAGGUGCGACUAGUUCAGAAAAAAGACACAGGUCAUGUCUACGCCAUGAAAAUUCUCAGAAAGGCUGACAUGGUAGAAAAAGACCAGAUUGCCCAUGUGCGAGCUGAGAGAGACAUUCUGGUCGAGGCCGACCACCAGUGGGUUGUCAAGAUGUACUAUUCCUUCCAAGAUCAGCAAAAUCUGUACCUCAUCAUGGAAUACUUACCUGGGGGUGACAUGAUGACACUGCUGAUGAAGAAGGAUACAUUAACAGAGGAACAGACUCAGUUUUAUAUAUCAGAAACAGUGUUAGCCAUAGACUCUAUACACAACCUCGGCUUUAUCCAUAGGGACAUUAAACCUGAUAACUUACUGCUAGAUGCCAAGGGACAUAUCAAAUUAUCUGACUUUGGCCUUUGUACAGGCCUGAAGAAAUCUCAUAGAACAGACUACUACAAAGAUCUCAAAAAUGCCAAAGCUCGGGAUUUUAGUUCGAAUCCAAUGGAUUCAAAACGAAGAGCUGAAAGCUGGAAAAGAAAUCGACGACAGUUGGCGUAUUCCACAGUGGGAACCCCAGACUAUAUUGCCCCGGAAGUAUUUAUGCAGACGGGUUAUAACAGCAGCUGUGAUUGGUGGUCAUUAGGGGUCAUAAUGUAUGAAAUGUUAAUAGGUUAUCCUCCAUUUUGUUCUGAGAAUCCACAAGAAACUUACAGGAAGGUCAUGAACUGGAGAGAAACUCUCGUCUUUCCGCCAGAGAUGCCAAUUUCCAAUGAAGCCAGGGAUUUAAUUCAAAGGUUUUGCUGUGAUGCUGAGCACAGGAUAGGUGCAGGUAAUCCAGAUGAAAUCAAGUCCCAUGUUUUCUUCAGAGGAGUCGACUGGAAACACAUCAGAGACAGACCUGCUGCCAUCCCAGUGGAAGUCAAAAGCAUCGAUGACACGUCAAACUUUGAUGAAUUCCCAGACAUAGAUCUCAAGUGGCCUGCCAACAAAGACGGGACCCCACAUCAGGGAGCUAAUCAUUCCACGACAGAGGGUGAUCCCAAAUACAAAGACUGGGUGUUCAUAAACUACACAUACAAACGAUUUGAAGGACUCACUCAGAGGGGCCGGCAGCCAUUCGCCAACACGUAGGCACCGCCCCUCAACGUAGAAAUGGCACUUAAGUUAUUUAUGUACUCCAAGGAAUUAAGCAAUCUCUCUGGAUGGUUCUUAACAAUGACACCCUGUGAUGUGGGUAUGGGAAGAGCUGUCGGCUCUCCUGAUUUACAGCUUUCACUGUCUGGCUUACAGAACUGAUGUAAGGUUUAUGAGAGGGAUGUAUUUUAGAAGAGAAGACAUUUUUUGUUCCAAAUGAAAUUUAUUUUCCA